AUGGCGAUUCCGACGGUCCAGGCUGCGGUAGUUGCCUCAGAGACAGGAGGACCUGAAGUCAUGCAAUACAGGACCGAUGUACCAGUUCCCGAACCAAAAUUUGGUGAGGUCUUAAUCAAAAAUACUGUGUCGAGCAUCAAUUACGUUGAUACAUACUUCCGAACGGGCUUCUAUCCCUCCACAAAGCCUGAAAUUCUUGGUCGAGAAGGCGCUGGGGUGGUCGUGGCGUUAGGCCCGGAUACCGAACAAUAUGACAUCCACAUCGGCGACCGUGUGCUCUGGCUAGGAACAUCAGGAUACGCGCAGUACACGGUGACACCGGCACUGAAAACAUUGAAGCUACCCGAUGCUGUUUCGGACGAAAUUGCUGCUUCUUGCGGUCUUGCGGGCCUGACAGCACUCACUCUAGUCGAAGAGUCAUAUAAAGUUGAAGCGAACGAUUGGGUGAUGCUGCAUGCAGGUGCUGGUGGUGUGGGCAUUCUUUUGACGCAGGUACUCAAGGACACUGGGGCAGGGGUUAUAGCAACGGCGGGUGGACCAGAGAAAGUAGCGCUUGUCAAAGCACUGGGAGCAGACCAUGUCAUUGACUAUCGCAGCGAGGAAGGUAAGGACUGGCCUAAGCUGGUCAGAGAAAUAACGGGUGGUAGGGGAGUAGACGUGGUAUAUGACUCGGUGGCAAAGGAUACCUGGGAAGGAAGUUUGGACGUGGUUAAGCGGAAGGGCACAGUUGUUUGGUAUGGCAAUGCCAGUGGCCCCGUCCCCCCCUUGACAUUGCAUCGACUCGCACUCAAAUGCAUCAAGAUCGUGAGGCCAACCUUGCUUGGCUACCUAGAGACGCGAGAGGAAUUUGACUACUACGGAAGUCGGCUUCUUAGCUACCUGGCCUCAGGAAAGCUGAAACCAAGGAUUCACAAGAUCUACCCGCUUUCAGAGGUGCAGCAGGCCCAUAUCGUGAGUCCUUCUUUCGAUUCAAACGUUGAAACAUCUGGAUUCAAAUACUGA